UACACAUACACAUACACAUACACAUACACAUACACAUACACAUACACAUACACACACAUACACAUACACAUACAUACACACACACAUACAUACACACGAGACACCAUGUCUGUCCACGUACGCACCAUAUUCAAGCGUACGCCCGAGCUCAUACACGCAUGUGUGCGGCCUCGUCGGUCCAUGUUAUAUCUUCCUGGAAGUAAUGCGCGUGCGUUAGAGAAGGCAGCAACACUACCUGCCGAUUCCUUGAUUAUCGACUUGGAGGAUGCAGUGACACCUUCUGCUAAAGUAGACGCGCGUAAUAGUGUAGCUGAGGCUGUACGGGCUAGAAAGUACGGCAAGCGAGAGGUCGCCGUACGGAUCAAUCCUCUCAACUCGCAAUGGGGUGAAGAUGACAUCAAAUAUAUCGCAGCCGCAGGCCCAGACGCCAUCAUUUUGCCAAAGGUUGAAUAUCCCGAUCAGAUCUGUGCGAUGGAGGAUAUGAUAAAGUUUUACGACGCCUCUCAGUCUAUUGCGAUAGGGGCGGUGAUUGAAACGCCUAUUGGAGUCAUCAACGUAAACCAGAUUUCAAAUGCGACAUCUCGUCUGUGUAUGCUGAUCCUAGGAACCAGCGAUCUAACCAACGACUUGAGGGCAAGGCACGUACCUUCACGCUCUCCGCUAGUGACCAGCUUUGGCCUGUGUCUGUUGGCGGGUCGGGCGCACGGGCUGGCUGUGAUCGACGGGGUUCACUUGGAUCUCAGUGACGAUAUAGGUUUCCACUACGCGUGUGAGCAGGGACGGGAUAUGGGCUUUGACGGAAAGACUCUCAUCCACCCGAAAACAAUCGCCACUGCAAAUGAGGUGUUUGGCCUGGACAGCAGUGUUGUGGUACACGCCCAGCGGAUCAUCAAAGCCUUCGAGACAGCCGAGCGCGAGGGUAAAGGUGUGGCCACUGUGGACGGUAAGCUCAUAGAGAACCUGCAUGCCGAGGAAGCUCACAGACAAAUCGCCUUCCACCGGAUGGUGUGUGAAUUGGAGAAGGGGAUCAGGUGAAGCAGACUUGACCGGGUAAUUUAGGGAAGCCUUUCCCCCGGGGUGUGUGUGUGCACUGGCGAUGAGUGGGAAAGUCAGGCGGGGUAGUUUAGGGGUAGUUGAAAUGGAUCAGACGGGGUAGAAUAGUAGUUGCUGCCGAGUACGGCUAUAUAGUCUUGUAUCGAUCGGAUGUUGGGAUUUGUUUAUGAACGGGACUCAGAAUUGGGCUGUAGUGGGUCUCCCGAGGUCUGAGCCGCUACGGAAUGCUGUCAUAGUCUGCGUGUGUGGCUGGUGGUUUAUAGCCGUAUAUUACCUUUUUAGGUGUCUAUGCGGCAGGUGUCGUGUAUGCUAGGGUUUAGGGUUCUAUCAGUGAUACGAAUGCCGAUGCCGAGAUAGUACCGAAAAGCAAGCGGAUAGCACGAUGUGCCAUGCCAAUGUAUGGAGCUGUUCAAAUCCUGUGCUUUAGGUUUGGAGUUUUAGGUUUUAUUCUGCCGAAACCGAGUUUAUUUCGGCUCCUGGGGUAUGCGCGAUGUUGCAUGGAUGCGUAUGCAAGUAGUGCACAACCCCAAUAAAACCCUAGGCCCUAUAAACUUUCCGUUCACAUACCCCACCCGCGUGCACAUUGGUAUCCGGUUGAUAGUACCUACCCACGGGCGACGGAUAAGCUGUUAGAACCCUCGCCCAUUUAACCGCUACAGUUUACAUAACUAAAUCUCCACAUCACAUGCACGCCCAGCACACUCACGGCAAGCUAUAGCUAGAGCGUUGUCGUCGGUGUUCGGUGUAUCUGUUUGACAUCGAGGAUAGGUCCCGUUUGUAUCUUGUAUGUGCACCUUCACUGCCUGUCUAUCACUCAAUAGUAUGGUGAAAAGGCUGUCUACACCGCAGACCAUGAUAGUUCGAGGCCCUACUAUACGUCUUUAGGGGAGAGGGGGGGGGGGUAUUGGGAGAACGCAAUAAAAUCCAUAGACCCUAUGCCGCCCAGCAUCCGAACGUUUUCUCCAUUUCCGUAUCCUAUUGUGCAAUAUCAUUCGUACAAUAAUUAGAGAAGAUUUUGAACAGACUGAACAGGAUGUUCAAAUACAGUCUCUCAGAGGCAGAGGGUUUU